CGUCCUGCCUGGGGGCGGGCCGCCGCCGCCUUAAAGGCAGCUCCUUCCCCGGGAGGAACCCGCCACGGGACCUCUGCCCCUCGCCAUGGCCUGCUCCCUGCGGCUCACAGCAGUCCUGCCGCUGCUACUGCUGCUGCUGCUGGAGACUCCCCAGGGCGCUUGGGCAUCCCGUCUGGAAACACUCCCAAAGGGGGUGGCCUCCUGCAAGGAUGGAGACCUGUGUCUGCUGCAGCCCCGCUGGAAGUCCGACCCAGAGCCCGUCAGCGUGAGUCUUUACUAUGAAGCUCUGUGCCCCGGCUGCCAGUACUUCCUUUUCCGAGAGCUCUUCCCUACGUGGCUGAUGGUCAUGGAGAUCCUCAAUGUCACACUGGUGCCUUACGGAAACGCCCAGGAAUACAACGUCAGUGGCAGGUGGGAGUUCAAGUGUCAGCAUGGUGAUCUGGAGUGUAAGCUAAACAAGGUGGAGGCCUGCCUGUUGGACAAGUUAGACAAGACUGUGGCCUUCAUGACCAUUGUUUGCAUGGAACAAAUGGUGGACAUUGAACGCUAUUUGAAGCCGUGCCUGCACCUCUAUGCCCCAAAAGUGUCCCCAGACACCAUCAUGCAGUGUGCAGUGGGGGAGCGUGGCACACAGCUCUUGCACAUCAACGCCCAACUUACCGAUGCUCUGCAGCCACCCCACAGAUAUGUGCCCUGGGUCGUCGUCAAUGGGAAACCCUUGGAUGAUAUGAGCCAUCUCCUGAUUGUGGUCUGCCAGUUGUACCAGGGUGAGAAGCCAGAUGUCUGCCAAGUCACAGCCCCCUCCUCCAGGGAAGUGUGCCUCAAGUAAGAGCCCAUGUGCCCCAUUUUGGGCACCCCCGCCCGACUCUUCACCAGCCACUCACUGCUCGUCUUCUGGAUAACUUCUGUACAUUCCGUGAAGCCCCAACUCACAAUUCUGCCCCAAGAUCAAGAAUCUUGCCUCUUGAGAAUGGUGCUAUAUUUUUGAAACAACUUUAAUAAACCGUUGGAUG